CAAGAGAUUAACGUCAUUUUUCUCCCACUAUAUUAUUUAUCAUUGUUCAAAUGAAUUUCACGCAAAAGUUAUUGAAGCUUAAUUAGGUACUUUUCAAGACCUGGCUAACCCGCGAACUAUACAAUGUUAUGGUACGAUUGAUACAUAUAAAAGUACGAUGAACGCUUUUUAAAAAUUUCCAUUCUGUUUUUGCAUAUAGUUACAAUCAGUCGUGUGGCGUUAAAGUUUGAACUCGAGUUUGUUGAGUUUAGUUACGUUGGAAUAAUUUUCGGUCAAACUUGGAAGAAAUUUUUACGUGAUUUUUAAAAUUCAAGGUAAACGUGUUUCACAGAUGGAUAGGAGAGCAAACGUGAAGUGGAUUUACGUGAUUGGUGUUGUUUUAAUCAUCACAAAUGCAGCGUCUGGAGUCAGUGGUGACAAAUCGGGUAAGAUGGAUGUUCUCAAAACUUACAAGAAAAUGGAUAAUUCUCCUCUCGGAAGACUGGGAACGGACGAUCCACAAAGCGGUUGGAGUUGUGAAUGUUGUCGUUUAUGGAGAGACCAAUGUAAGUGUUCUUGUAAUAUUGUGAAAACCAGAAAUUACGAAUAUGACCGUGUUUUUCCAAUCGCUAAAGGAAAGGAUGGCACAGUUCAGCUAAAAUUCAAAGUGAAAGGCAAUCGCGACGCUAAUCUGCUGUUUUCACAAGAGGCGUUCACUAAAGAUGGAGACCCAGCUCAUGAAAUAGUACUGAGUGCUACAUCGGGUGAUAACAUUACACGAUCAUGGCUCCGAAACAAGAAAAAUUUAGAAACAGGAAGAGUUGAAACAUUUUUGGAAGAAGCUAGCGUGUCUCCCAACGAAUGGCGAGAAUACUGGGUUCGAAUUAAACAUAACAGAGUAGAAGUAGGAAGACAUGGUAAAAGCGCAUUCUUGGUAUCAACAAGUUCAAGUAGUAAUUUACCGAUUCGGUAUUACAGCGUUGCAGGUUAUUUGAAUGCUUCUCUUUUAUGGAGCCUUCCUUGUAUGGGGGAACCAGAUUUCCACUAGUGAGAUUUUUGCUGACAUGCGGUAUUCUUGUUUUAAAUCACAUACUGCCGAUGUAAUUAUGAGUAAUUGACCGAAUAAAAAUUUUUCAAGAUUAAA